AUGAAGUAUUAACUUACAGCAUCAGAAUUUUUUGAAGUAGAUGCAGAAGUAAUUUAAGAAACAUAAUUAGAUGAAAAUGUUAAUAGACUCUUUUAACUUGAAAGAAAUAAAAAACUAUAUAGAUUACAAAGAUGAUAUAUAAGAUUUUUUUCGCACCUCUUUUUUGCGAUAUCUGCUGAAUAAAAUUGAUGAAAACUUAGAAAAUGUUGCCAGGGAGAUCUAAAAUAACUCUUGGUAUAACUGCUCUUAGGUUUUGAUUUUUAUAGAAGAAUUAAUGGAAAAUAAUAUAAUUUUCUCGUAAUUCUAUAAUAAUUUUUAAUAGUUAAGAAUUUUAGUCUUAUGAACAUUUAAUUUGUAUAAUUGAAUAUACAGAUGAUUUACUUAUUUAUGAAUACGUUUUAUAGAUAUUAAAGAGCUUUGAUGCUAGAAUCUAACAAAAUUUAACUCUAAGAAUUCUUUAUUUCUAGAAAAUAUUAUAUGAUCAUGUUAAUUAUUUGGCUUCCAAAAAAAUAGAAUUGAUAGAUUUUUAUUACUAAGAUCCAAAAUAUAACACAAUUACUUGUCAUCCAAUUGAUGCUUUAUAAUUUGAUAUAGAAUAUUAUGAACCAACCUAAUUAGUGGAAAGUUAUGAAUACCUAUCUCAGAACUUGAUUGAAAAUAUAAGUCUGUAUAGAGAGAUCUAAACUAAAGUAUUAAUAAAAUAUAUAUUCUAUAGAAAAUUACAAUAAUAGAUGAUCAUUCAAGUUCAGCACUUAAUUUAUCAAGAAAUUUAUUAAAUAUGCAUGAUAAGCACAUUUCACCAAUGAUUGAGAUUCUUAAAUAUAGAAUACUUAUUAGAAGAGGAUUACUUUCAAAGCCAGAAUAAACCAGAAAUACCAUUAUCAAAUUACAUUUAAAAUCUUUUUAAUAUCUUCAAGAUUUAUUGAAAAAUGAAUAUAACUUAGAUUCAAUUAAAUAUUUCAAAUAAAAUGUUAAAGAUUUUGAAGAUGUUGAUUAUUUUAAUUUAUUUAAGCUUUAAACAAUAGAUACACUUGUAUUAAAAGAGUUACUUUUAAUCUAUUCAAGAAAUAUUAAAGAGUCAUAUUAUUAAAAAAAAGCCAAAGAAAUAUUAGGACUUCUUUAAGAUGUUUUGUCAAUAUAGCAUAUAGAAAAAAAUGAAUAAAUUCUUGGUUAUCCUUUAAGAUACUCUCCUUAAAUAAUGACUGAACGAUUAGCUAGAAAUGAAUUGAUAAUUAAUAGUAUCUUAAAGUUUUUCCAACCUUUAUCAAAUGAAAGAUCCUUAGAGAAAUAUUAAGAAAUAAAUGAAACAUAGAAAAUUUUAAAAAAAGCUUUGAGUAUUUAGGAUAAUAAAUUAAUGCUUCCUCCUAAAUAAUUAAUUGGAAUAAUAAGGCUUUUAAGUUUUUUAUCUGUAUAUUCAGAUCUGCAAAGAAAUAAUUAGAUUUUUGAUUAUUUUUUAGAAAUAGCUGAAUACUACAUAAAUUAAAGUCUUAGUUUGUAAAAACCAACUGAAAAUGGUUAUAUUUAAAUAUGCUUGAAUGAAGCAUAUGAAAUUAUUUAUGGUGUUAUUAAAGCUAUUAUUCAAGUUUUUGGAUAAAAUAAGUAUCAUGAUAUUAAUCAAGAUAGAGAUUCUAUUUUUGCUACAAAGAUUUUAGAUUCUAAACUGUUAAGUAAUAUAACAACUAAAUUAUAAUAAGCAGUUUAAUUAAACAAAACAAUUCUAAUAACAUUUAAAUUAGUUUCUACAUUAUUAAAUGCUGCUCCUUAAUUAACAGUCAUUGUUAUUAAUACCAACUUACCAGAUUUUUUGAAUGAAAUUAUUUAAAAAAUCAAUAUAGUUGAAUUAAAAUCAUAAAAUAUGAUUAAUAUUCUUAAUUUUUAUUAAAAUAUUUCCCAAUAAGAAAAUGGAUUCCAAAAAUUUAAUAAUGAUGCAAUAAUUUUUUUUGAAAGGGUAUUAUAUUAUCACUUAAUUACUCGAGAACUUAUUCAGAAAUAGAGUUUGAUUGAUUUAGCUUCAAUAGCAAAUAAAAAUAAUGAAAAAAGUAUAACAUUAAUAAUUAAAAUUGUUAUAAAAGUAUUAUAACUAUUUUUAUAAUAAUUAACUGAUAAAUAAAACCAAUUAAACUAUGAUCAGAAUUUUAAAUCUUAAUAUGUAAUGAUAAUUAAAAAAAAAAGAGCAAUAGAAUAAUUUAUGAAGACUUUAUCUCAGAAUAAUCGAUUUUUACACUCUGAAGGAUAUUUCGAUAUUUUUGUGAUGCUAUUCAAGAUCCCAUAAUUUAGUUCUUUUACAUCUUUUAAUCUUGAUCCUUAUAAAUGUCUUAAAAAGGCAUUCGAAUUAAUAGAAUCUUGGGAAGCAGAUUUGGGAUUUUCUUUGUAUAAUUCUAAAAAUUUGGUUUAAAAUUAAUAAUAGUUCUUAGAGAAUUGCUCUCUUUAAACUUACUAAGUAACUUCUCGGUUUUCUGAAAUUUUACAUUAUUUUAAUGAAGUUAAGAUUUCAAUUUAAUCUAGGAGAUUGUAAGUUUAAAUUUUAAAUGAUGACUUAAUAAAUAAAUGUAUUGCAAUAUUUGAAAUUCAGAUUAUCUCUCAAUUUUGGAUAUCAAAGAGCAAGAUAGUUGAUGAUGCAAAUCAUCCAUGUGCAUACAUACUUGUUAUCAUUUUUAUAUUAAUUAAAAGAACUCAUGAUAGAACAAAUAGAGACUAAAUUUUAAGUUAAUUCUUUAGUAAAAUAAGUUUGUUAUUAAACAAUAUUCCUGAAAUAACUCUUUAAAUUCUUAAACAAAUUAUUUUUUUAUUAGAAUUUUUAUAAAAGAGAAGUUUUGAGAUUUAAGAUAUUAUUUUCAAUUCUAAAUUAGACCAAAAUUUGUAAAAUACCUUAGAAAAUUACAUUCGUAUAAUCAACUCUGUAAACCCAAAUUAAUAACUAAUAUAAGACUUAAACGAAAAUAUUUUAUAAAUACUGAAAUUAUUAUAUGACAGUCCAAGAUAAAAUCAUAGUCUAUCAACAAAAAAAAAAAUGAUUGAAAAUAUUUAAAAUUUGAUUUUAAUAACAUAAGAUUCCUCGCACUAAAACAUUUAAUAAAUUAAGUAAUAUUUAUUGAUUAAAGGAUUUUUUAUGUAAAGUCAAAAUUUUAUUUAUCCAACAAGAAAUAAUGAUUCUAUUUAUUAAUAUAGCAGAGCCCAAUUAAACCUAUAUAAAUAAUAGAUAGAUAAUAGAUAUUAAAUAGAAUAAGAAGCUCUCGGAGUAUAUCUUAAGCAAAAUAUUUUCUUUUUUUCAAAUUCAUUAAUCGAUAAAUUAUAAAACCUUAAUAUAAAAUUUGAUGAACUAGAACUAUAUAAAUAUUUAGAAUUAAUAGUUGAUCGAUUAUUCAAGUUAAAAUUAAAUUUUUUAAGAAUUAAAUAUGAACAAUAAGAGAUAUAAAAUCUAUCUAAUGUGAAUAUUAAUAGUUUAAUAGUGCUUUUACAUUUGAUUUAUUAAUAAAAUAAUUUAUUACAAGAUCAAUACUCGUUUAUUCUGGAACUACUUAAAUUACUUGUUGUUUUGCUAAUUCAAGAGGAUUAAAACGGACACUUAGCUGCUAAUUUUAUCCUAGCCAUUUUUAAUUAAUAAAAUACAUAUGAUUAUUGCAUUUUUGCUUUAAUAAAAAAGGGGAUAAAAUUGUCUCUAAACUCUAAUGUGUAAAAUCAUAUAACUUCUAAAAUUUGUAUUGAUAUUUUAGUAAAAGUUUUCUUAAAAGAAAGAUAAUAUGUAACUGAAUUUGUUUUGAAAAAGAAGGGUUUAGAAGCCUUACUUAAAAUGAAAGGAGAAUGUUAAUAUCAAUUUUUUAGUCUGUCAAAUAGCUAUGGCUAUAAUUUAUGAUUAGACUUUAGUCAGAGUCUAAUUAGAAACUCAAAUAAAGAGAAUACUUUUUAAUUAAGAACAAAAUAAUGAAAUCAAAAAAACUAAUUUAUAGCAAAAUUAUUUGAAUUAAAACCCAUAUCCUAUUUGUAUUUAGCCAACAUACUACAAUGUCUUAGCAAAUGAAAAUUUAAAAUUAGCUAAAAAUCACCCAGCUUUGCUAGCACUUGAAAAAGAGCACUUGUUUAAAGAAGAUUUUAAAUAUAUAAUGAAUUUAUUGUUUAAAAAAUCAAUAGAUGAUUAAUAUUUCGUUUUAAAAUAAGGCAUAGCUUUAGAUACAUUAAAUAGUAUCAAUUAAAAUGAAAAUUCAAUCUUACAAUUUAAUUUCAAACAUAAAUAAGAAACAUAAACUCUUUUUAGACUUUUCAUUUAAUAAAUGAUUACAUCUUAUUUUGAAAAUAAUGAACAUUAUCAAUAUCAUUGGAAUACGAUAUUGGAUGUUUUAUAGUUGCUUAUUAAAAAAUUUCCAAUACUCUUACCAUAACUCUUAAGAAUAAAUUGUUAAAAAUUUCUUAUAAACCAUAUUAAUCCCUCAUAAUAAAUUUCAUUCUUGACUUUAAUAACGAGAAUUAUAAAUCCAUCUAAGAAUUUUAUAUUUUAUAUAUGUUUGGAUAAUUUAGUUCUUUUUAGAAAAUCUGAUAAUGUAAUUGUUCCUUUUGCAUAUGAGAUUAGAAGAUUAGUAAUAUGUGAAUUAUUUGUAGAGAUUAAUAAAUCUAUUCAAGUUUUUGACGAAAAAAUAUGCCGGUUCUCUGAUAUAUUAAUGACUUUAUUGUAAAUAAAAUCUGUUGCAAAAAUUUGUAUCUAAAAUAUUAACGAGCCUUUAAACUCAUUUAAUUUUAUUAAAACUUACAUAGAUGGAAUCAAAAACUUCGAUAUUAAAUAAUAUUUUAUUUUCAAAAAUCAAUUAUUUAUCAUUAUAAACACUUUAAAUAUGCUUUACAGUGUUGCUAUCAAUUUACUUUUAGAAAAAAUUGAACCAAUAGAUGAUGAUUCUUUCUAAAUGUUUCCAGAUGAGAUAAACCAAUAAUUAUUUUAAAACUUAAUGUUACCUUCUCAAGAUGGAGUGAAACAAAAUUAAAUUAUAAGAAAUCUUCUUUCUUAAAAAUGGUCCCUAUUAACAGUUAAAAAUGAAGAAUUUUAUGUUUAGAUAGAAGAAGAGUAAGAAAUUCCAUUUGAUAAAUUAUUAAAAAUUGAAAAUUAUGAAAACUCAUAUGAAAUUUGUGCGGCAGCUUUAGAAUAAUAAUCAAUAAAUUGGAUAGAUGAAAAUGAUUAGGUAACAGAAAAUUUUCAUUCAAAAAAUUUAGAGAAUUAAAAUAUCUUAUAUAAUCCGCAGAUGAAAAAUAAAUCAGAUUAAUUUCUUUGGGAUUGUGGAUAUUUUAAUAUAGAUUUAAAUAUAUUACUACCUUUAUAAUUUUAAGAAAUAUUAACAAGUUUCUAGUCAGUAUUACCAUAAUAAAAUAAUCUACCUAUUAAUUCUAUGAAUAGAUUUUGGUAGGAUGAGCUAUAUUAAAACUCAAAUCAUCAAAUAAUAGAUAUCAUUAAAUAAGAUUAUGAGGAUCGUGAUUCAUAAAAUAUAAACCAAGAGGAUUAUUUUGAAUAAGUAAUCUAAUAAGAUGAUGAUUUAUUAUAAGAUAUUAAAAAUACGAUAAAAUCUGUGCUGAAUAAUAGAAAAUAAACACUAAAAUUAUUAGGUUUAGUAGAUCACUAAUUUUUAUAAUUUAUAAUUAAAUUUUUGUAGGUAGAUGAUAAUUUUGAAUCUUUGGAUAACUCCAUAAAUACUUUCUUGAUGAAUUUAGGUACUUCAUCUUUAAUAGCCAAUUAAAUAAUUGAUUAUCUUAUUAAUAAUUUGAAAUUGAUAAGAUAAUAGAAUUUUGACAAAGAAAUGUUUAUUGUUACUAGAAAUGUGAUAACCAGCGAUUUAAAUUAAUUCUCAAAGUUUAUUUCACCAAAAAUUUUAUAAACUUUAUUAAAAGUUGUAAAAUCAUCAAAAUGUAGUUUAUCAACUUAAAAUUUUAGAACAAUGACUGAAUUACUAUUUAAAUUUGAAGACAAUAAUUUAGAAUUGAUAAUAUAAGUGCUGUAAAACUACAUAAAAUAUUAAUAAAAUAUAGAAAAAUUACAUUGUAAUCGAAUUCAUGAUUUAUAUAUUCUAUUUAUGAAAGAGAAAAAUAAUUAAAGAAUUUAAUUAUUCUUUAAGCUUAUAUCAAUUCUUAUGAAAAACUAUAGCAAUUUCAUUAGAUUUUAAGAAAAAAUAUAGAACCAUUUAAAAUAAGUCACAUAGAAUUUUGAAAAUCACUUAAUAUAAAAAAAUACAAAUGAUUAAAUUACAGAUUAAGAAGAUGGAAUAAAGAAGAUAUUUUAACUAAUUUAAUAUAUUUUUUAUAAUUUGUCAAUUGAGAACUCUUCUUAAAAAAAUGAUUGGCAUUAGUUUCUGGAAUAGCCUGAACUUCAAUAAUUAUGGACAAAAAUGGAAAAAAGUAUAUCUACAAUUUAACCUUUAUAAGUUUAAGAAUAUAGCUCAUUUUUAUUGCCUUAUAUUGAAUCUUUUUUGAUUUGUGAUGAAAUUAUUAAUCAUAACGAGUAUUAAAGUUUUUAAUUUCCAAAAUUAUCUUCAAUGGAAAUAUCCAAUUCUUAAUCAGAUCAUAAUGAUUUUGACUAUAAAAAAUUAUUUUUAAAACUUAGCCAGAACGGUAAAGAUUAUAUCAAUAGCAUAAUAAAAGAAUAAAUUGAAAUAUAACAUUCUUUUUAAAAUACAAGAGGAAAUAAUAAUUAGUCAAAAAAAAGAAGUUUAUUAGAAUAUUUUGUUGAAUAUUUUGUUUAAACUCAUCAUAAUAUAAUCUAUUCUGAUGUUAAGAAAAAAUAUUUUAGAAAUAAAAUUGAUCAUCUGAGAUAAAGAAAUGAGGCAAUAGUAGAACAACAAAAAAUUAUAAUUAAUAUCAAUAUAAAUACAGUUUUUGAGGAUUCUUACAGAUAGAUUAGUAUUUUGAAUACUAAUUAACUCAAAACAGAUUUUCAAAUCAAAUUUGUAGGAUAAAUAGGUUAAGAUUAUGGAGGCCUAAUUAGGAAUUGGUUUAAAAUACUUUCAAAGGAAAUUCUAAAUCCAUAACGUAAAUUAUUUAUUCGUACUCCUAAUAGAAUAUAUUAUUAAAUAAAUAGUGAAUCUUAUCUUGAUUAUGAUCAUCUUAAUAAAUUCAAAUUUGUUGGAAAGAUUUUUGCAAAAGCUCUUAUGUAAGACUGUUUAAUUCAUGGAAAAUUUUCUACCCUCUUAUUUAAACAUAUUUUGGGCAGAAAGUUAUCUAUAGAAGAUUGGAAAGAUUAUGAUUCUUAAGAAUUGGCUAGCAUGAAAUACAUUUAUAAUAAUAACGAUAUUUCCAAUCUUGAUUGUUUUUUUACAUAUUAUAUUAAUAAUAGAGGAUAACUAGAAGAAAAGGAGUUAAUACCAGGAGGUAAAGAUAUUGAAGUAACACCAUAAAAUAAAAAGGAUUAUAUAAGAAAAUAUUGCCAUUAAUUUAUGGCAAAAAAUAUUGAAAAUCAGAUUAAAGCCAUUUAAGAAGGAUUUUAUUCGAUAAUACCUAAAAAUCUUAUUGCAAUUUUUGAUUCAAAAGAAUUUAAGUCAUUGUUAUGCGGUAAGGAAUAUAUUAAAGGUAAAUUAUAUUAAAUUAUGUUUUUAGUCGAGAAUCUUAUCGAGAACCUUAAAUAUAAUAGAGCAGAUAUUUAAGUGAUUUAAUGGCUUGAAAACAUAUUAAGAACUUACAAUUAAGAUAAGUUAGCUAAGUUUCUAAAUUUUGUUACAGGUAUUAUCUUAAAGCAUCUUUAGGUACUGACCUUGUACCAGCCGGAGGAUUUUAAGCUUUAUCAAGUCCAAUUGAAAUUUAAAUUUAACAUGAUAUAACUGAUACAAAUCAUAGAUUUCCCGAAGCUUAUACAUGGUAUAGUUUGAUAUUAUUUUACAUAGUCACAAUCUCUUAGUAAUUCCAGCAUAUGAUUCUGAAGAAGUUUUAAGAGAAAAAUUAGAAAUAGCCUUAUAUGUUGAAAACGACAACUUUUAGAGAGGAUGA